CACUGGAUCACUCUGACACAAACACACGCACCACUCGGCCAGCUCAAGUUGCUCUGUUCCUCUCGAGCUCCGAGAGAAGCUUUUGGCUUUUGGAGCUUCGGAGAACAGAGACGUUACUCUCUAGAACACCAACGUUACAAUCUCCGUCUCCUGUCUCAGAUAAAGAAUCCAGAAAAAAGGGUAAAGUGAACUCACUGUGGGGAAGGAGUAGAGAUUAGGGGAGAGGUGAUUCUGGUUUUGCUUGGAUUCUGGUUGGCAAUGGGGAGAAGAUUCAAGCUUGUAUUUGGGAUUUCUCUGUUGUUUUUACUUCUGGAUUCUUGUAGAGGAAGCAAAGUUGGGGUUUGCUAUGGAAGAAACGCUGAUGAUAUUCCAACACCUGAUAAAGUAGCACAACUGGUGCAGCUUCACAACAUUAAGUAUGUGAGGAUGUAUGAUUCUAAUAUCCAGGUUCUGAAGGCAUUUGCAAAUACUGGAGUUGAACUUAUGAUCGGAGUUACAAAUACAGACUUGUUGCCAUUCUCCCAGUUCCAAUCAAAUGUAGACACCUGGCUAAAGAAUAGCAUUCUUCCAUACUACCCGGCCACGAAGAUCACUUACAUUACUGUUGGUGCAGAAGUCACCGAGAGUCCUGGUAAUGCCUCUGCCUUGGUUGUACCUGCAAUGCAAAAUGUCGUCACAGCAUUAAAGAAAGUAGGUCUGCACAAGAGGAUCAAAGUUUCUAGUACACAUUCUCUUGGGGUUUUGUCCCGAUCAUUCCCACCUUCUGCGGGGGCAUUUAACAGCAGCCAUGCAUUUUUCCUGAAACCUAUGUUGGAAUUCCUAGCUGAGAACCAGUCUCCUUUUAUGAUUGAUUUAUAUCCUUAUUAUGCUUAUAGAGAUUCUCCAAACAAUGUAUCUCUACAAUAUGCUUUAUUUGAGUCAUCCCCUGAAGUCAUAGAUCCAAACACUGGUUUGAUUUAUACAAACAUGUUUGAUGCUCAGAUUGAUUCCAUUUAUUUUGCUCUAAUGGCUCUCAACUUCAGAACAAUUAAGAUUAUGGUCACAGAGACGGGCUGGCCAUCCAAAGGUUCACCCAAAGAGAAGGCUGCUACUCCUGACAAUGCCCAGACCUAUAACACCAAUCUGAUUCGUCACGUCAUCAAUGACUCUGGCACUCCUGCAAAGCCUGGUGAAGAAUUGGAUGUGUAUAUCUUCUCUUUGUUUAACGAGAACAGAAAGCCUGGAUUGGAAUCUGAGAGAAACUGGGGCCUUUUUUAUCCGGACCAGACGAGUGUCUACAACUUGGACUUUACUGGAAAAGGUGCUGGUGAUAUGAUAACAAAUGCAAACAUUACUAGUUCAAAUGGAACAACAUGGUGCAUUGCUUCUAGCAAGGCUUCAGAAAUGGAUUUACAGAAUGCACUAGAUUGGGCCUGUGGUCCUGGGAAUGUGGAUUGCUCUGCCAUUCAGCCAAGUCAGCCGUGUUUUGAGCCUGAUAAUCUAGUCUCACAUGCAUCUUAUGCAUUCAACAGUUACUACGAGCAAAAUGGAGCUACUGAUGUUGCUUGCAGUUUUGGAGGAACAGGAGUGAAAGUCGACAAGGAUCCUAGUUAUGAUAAUUGCCUCUAUAUGACUGCUGGAGGAGUCAACAAAACUCUGGCAAGUAAUACAACAGCAAUUGCUUCAACUUCUUCCUCCACACAGAAUGAAGCAUUCACAUGGAUUUCUAAUUUCAUUUUAGUGACUUCACUCUCAUUUCUUUUGAUUGUUGGCAAUUUCUGAAUGGUUUGAUUUUAGGGAAGCAGCAAACUAGUAUCUGGCAUGGAUGUUUUAAAUCAAGAGAUGAGGGAGUCAUUUGACUUUAGAAAAUUUUUCCCAAUAGGGAUGUAUAUAAUUUCUGUCCCCCAAUCUUUUGUGCGAUUUCCAUGAAGUCUAGGGAGAUCGUUUUAAUGAGAUGAACUCUGUAUGUUCUUCCCGAUUACGGGUAAAGCCUGCGUUAUGUAAUUGUUUUUUUGGCAGAAUGUGCUAUGUAAUUGUAAUUGUUGUAUGUGUGUUCAUUGAUGCGAUAUGCUCUGUAAAAUGCAACUUAAUGGAUUAAAAAUUCAGUGGCUUC